GCAGCAGCGAGCUGCGGGAAUAAAACCAGCGAAGAAGAAGAAGAAGCGGAAGCUGCUCGCUGUGUGAGCAUGGCGGACGAGGAGGACGAGCCGGGGUUCGAGGAGGACCUGGAGGAGGCCGGCGGGUCGGACUCCUCUCACGGCCGCAGGAAGCGGCUGUUCUCCAAGGAGCUGCGCUGCAUGAUGUACGGGUUCGGGGACGACCAGAACCCGUACACGGAGUCCGUGGACAUGCUGGAGGACCUGGUCAUAGACUUCAUCACCGAGAUGACGCACAAGGCCAUGGGCAUCGGUCGACAGGGCCGCGUACAGGUGGAGGACAUCGUCUUCCUCAUCCGCAAGGACCCGCGCAAGUUCGCCCGCGUCAAGGACCUGCUGACCAUGAACGAAGAGCUGAAGAGAGCGCGCAAGGCCUUCGACGAGGCCAACUACGGCUCCUGAUCCCCCAAACCCCCAAACCGAGCUGCAGAGAGCGGGCAAGGCCUUCGACGAGGCCAACUACGGCUCCUGAUCCCCCAAACCGAGCUUUUACACGCGUCUCUGUUCUAAAUCCUUCACACGCGUGACUGCAGAUACAGAAGCUGCAAAAAGAGAGGAGUGAUCAUCUUCACGAGGGAUGGUCAGAGGAAAUCUUUGUUUGAGAAGCUGCAGAUGUUCAGUUAUGAUGUAAAAUCAGACAAACCGGAGCUGAGUAUUGGGUUUUCUACAGGUUUAAACAUCAUUGUUCUGGUUUCUGGAUUUAUUUGUGGGAUUUUUCUUUCAUUUCUGAUUUUCUUUCACACGUGAGUUCUGCACCAGAAGCUAAAAAAAGAGGAGUGAUGUAAUGUUUGCAGAAGUGUAUUUCAGACCUGGAAGCUGCAGAUGUUCAGUUAUGAUGUAAAAUCUGACAAACCGGUGCUGAUUAUUGGGUUUUAAACGAUCAUUGUUUUUGUUUCUGGAUUUCUUUGUGUUUUUUUUUCUUCUCAUUUCUGAGUAAAGUAACUUCAGUUUGUGCAUCAUUGACUUGAUAAACUGCUUUUCCCCCGAUGAAUCCUUAAAGGUUUAAUAAAGUUGCUCCUGUUACUUUU